CCUUACAUCGAAAUUACAUCCAGUCGGACGGGAGCAUUCACGCCGGAAUCAUGCAGGGCCACGGUAGUGCCAGGAACCAAUAUUUGGCCACAUUUUGCGUGAACCUUCUCUCGCUAAGCUAUGGCUUUGUUUGCGGUUGGACCUCGCCCUCGAUUCCGGUGCUGCAAUCCGCCGAAACGCCCCUCGUCAGUGGUCCCAUCACGACCGACCAGGGCUCCUGGAUAGGGGCGGCCUUGUGUGUGGGUGGAUUCCUUGGAAACGUCGUCUCCGGCUGGAUGGCCGAUCGGUACGGGCGCAAACUGACCGCCUGCCUGGCAGCGAUUCCCCAGAUUAUUUCCUGGAUUAUGGUCAUCAUCGCCACAAAUCCGUACUAUCUGAUGGUGAUGCGAUUCCUGGCGGGAUUCUCCGGUGGCGUUUGCUUCAUGGUCAUUCCGAUGUUUAUCGGAGAGAUCGCUGAGGACAGAAUCCGGGGCCUGCUGUCCUCCACGCUGGUCUUCACGUGCAACGCCGGCAUCCUGAUAAUGUACAUCCUGGGCGAUUUGUUCCCGUACAAAACCAUCCCCUGGAUCCUGCUGGCAUUCCCAGUGCUCUUCCUGGCCUGUUUCUCGUUCAUCCCGGACACGCCGUUUUAUCUGAUGCAGCAAAACAAUUACACCAAAUCGGAAAACGCUCUGCUGUUCUACCGGGGCUACCGGUACGGCACGCAGCAGGUGUCCAACGAGUUCAAGCUUGAGCUGAUGAAUCUGAAGGGACAGUUCCGGGAGGAAAAACAAUCCGUCGUCGCCGCCGAGGACAAGCUGAGCUGGCAGGAUUUAGUGACGCCCCACGCCCGGAAGGCCUUCCUGAUUGGGAUCUGUUUGAUGGCGUUCAAUCAAUUUUGCGGUUGUUUUGCGAUGCUAAACUACACGGCGAUCGUUUUCGCCGAAUCGGGCUCCUCACUGUCGGCCAACAUGUCCGCCAUCGUGAUCGGCACCAUCCAGAUGUUUGGGUCGACAUUUUCCACGGUGCUGGUGGAGCGGGCGGGGCGGAAGCUUCUGCUGAUCAUCUCCGGGGCAGGUAUCGCUACCGGGCUGUCCAUCUUCUCGGGUUUCUCGUACGCCAAGAGUCUAGGACACGACGUGACCGCGUUCAACUGGCUGCCCCUGGUCUGCUUUUCGUUCGUUAUCUUCAUCGCCUCGAUGGGCGUCCUCACGCUGCCGUUCGUUGUCCUGGCGGAAGUCAUGCCCCAGAAGAUCAAAGGGUUCGCCAUCACGUCCUGCAUGGCCGUGCUGUGGGUCUUUGCGUUCGUCGCAAUCAAGUACUUUUCAACCCUGUUCGACGUGCUCGGAAUGCACGGAACGUUGCUGCUGUUUGCACUCUGCUCCCUCGCCGGAACCGUGUUUGUGGCCACCGUCGUGCCGGAAACCAAGGGCAAAAGCUUCGACGCCAUCGCCAAAUUGAUGGGAGCGAAGAAAUUGUGAUAGAAUUUUUAA